GUCAUUCACGUCGUACACUUGUAUCGUGGUGAUCCGCUCGUUUUUUUUUCUCAUUAUUCACGAAUAUUAUUAUAUUCACCGUAAACGAACGCCUUCGUACCGGAAGCUUCACUACCGUACCCUUGCUGCUUGGAAGAUCAGGCUCCCACGGCCCAACUAGAUCGACAAAAUGCCAAUGUCAGAGUUCCGCAAGAAGAAAUUACUCUACGUUUUUAACACCUUCUUCGAUUGCAAUCAAAGUGGCGCGAUCGACAAAAAGGAUCUAGACCUUGUUGUGCAACGAAUCAGUGAAUGCAGAGGCUGGACAGCCGACAAUCCUAAACUUCAAAGCACAAGGGACAAUUUGCUAAAAAUGUGGGAUGGUUUAAGGCAAAGAGCCGACGCAGAUCAAGAUGGCCAGGUUAGUCGAGAGGAAUGGUAUUCAUUGUGGGAGGAAUACGCGAACGAUCCGUCGAAUCCAUCCGACUGGCAGGAAACGUACAUGACUUUGAUGUUCCAGUUGUUCGACGCAUCUGGUGACAAAUCCAUCGACGAGAACGAGUUUUGCAACGUCUGCAGAUACCACGGCGUCGCGGAGGCCGAGGCCAGAGAGGCUUUCAAAAAAUUAGGAGUCGGUCAGGAAAUAACUUGGGAGAAAUUCAACAACCUCUGGAAGCAAUAUUUCUCCUCGGACGAGCCGACCACAGCCGGAAACUUUAUUUUCGGGAAAACCACAUUCUAACUCGUUGUCCCCGUGGAACCGCGAGACGCAUAUUACCGUAUCCUCGCGUCGCAUUGUCUUGUCCAUUUUUCUGAUUUUUCGUGGUCGAUUCGCCCGUCUCGUAUAACAGGCCAGAUAAUGGUUCUUGUUUGACAACGAAAUAAAAAAAAAGAAAAACAAAAAACCGAAAGAUAGCAGACAAUUUAAUUUCUGAUCGGUUACCAGGUGGUUACGAUUCAUUUCACGGCGUAGCUAUCGUUCUUCUCGGCAGACGAGCACGUUCUUCGUCAUGAAUUUAUGGAAUACAUGACGAAGGCUGAGUUCGUUCGCGAGAAACAAUUAUCGUUUUAAGAGGACGAAUCUCGUACCGCUGGACCAUCUACCGGACGAUAAAUCAUAUCUUCGCUGUAUGUUCCGUAUCCGUAACGUGUUUUAAAUGUAAAAAAAAAAACGAACCGCCACUGAUUACGCGUCCGAUCGACGGGCGACCAUAACCUCUAAAUCACCUCUCAGCAGCGAGGGUCGCAUCGCGUCGUUUUCCCAUCGUUUUUCGUCAGAAGACCACCAGACGAUGGAGUUUAAUUAGCAAAUCGCGUUUCCCUCCAGUCUACGGCCCGCCAGACGGUAUUUUCAGAGUUUAAAAUAAACCUGUUCGGAAUUAAUACGCCCAUAUUAGAUCCAGCGUUGUCCGUGUAACGGCGACGAAAAAGAUCGAUGCGGGACGGUAUCGGGGGGACAAGGUAUAACUUCGUGUUAAUCGUUUGCACGGUGUCUGAACACUAUAAAAAGUUUCGGGCAAGUCGGCUUAAUUAAAUGUGCACGAAGGGCCACGAUCGAACUGUUAUUAUAUUUUAAACGAGUUGUCGGUA